CGUUGAUGCAACAUUGCAGACUUUCUCAUAUACUAAUUUAUAGUUAAUGCUUCAUAAUGUUUCUCCUCAAGAAUUUGAACUUGUACAAUUUGGAAGAAAAAAUGAAGAAUCGAGACGCGCUGGUGACUAAUGCUCGAUGGGCCGAGCAGGCAGAGCGUUAUGAUGAUAUGACGCUGUUUAUGAAGUUCGUAGCGGAGUGUGAUGGUAGUAUGACAGAAGAUGAACGCAAUUUGUUCUCCGUUGCUUUUAAAAACGUGGUUGGAGCGAAACGUUCGUCUUGGAGGUCAAUCUCAAGCUUGGAAACUAAAACAGGUAGAGCACGCAAUGAUAUGCCACAAACAAAACCGACUCGUGAAAGACGAAUUGCACUUUGUCGAGAAUAUCGCGAGAAAAUAGAGAUAGAAUUGGGCGAAACAUGCGACCAAGUUCUUACACUAAUUGCGAAACAUCUCGACAGAACAGAAGAUCCGUGCGUUAAAGUAUUCUAUUUAAAAAUGAAAGGCGACUAUCAUCGAUAUUUAGCCGAAGUGCGAUCAGACUCGGACCGGAAAUGCAAGGAUGCCAUAGAAGCGGAGCAGGCGUACCAACAAGCAUUGGAAAUAUCGACUGACUCUCUCUGUCCAACGCAUCCUGUACGCCUGGGAUUGGCGUUAAACUACUCUGUAUUUCAUUAUGAAAUCAGCAAUGCUCAACAUAAGGCGUGCUCCCUAGCACAAGAGGCGUUCGACAAGGCGGUAUCUGAGUUAGGACCAUUAACCGAAGAUUCGCAAAAAGACAGCGUUCUGAUUCUCCAGUUACUCAAAGACAAUCUCACUUUAUGGGCCUCGGACCCAGAAGAGGUAUUGUUGGACGAUUUCGAAGAGAGCGACUGAAGAACACAUAGUUUGGGUCUCAGAACAGAAGAAAAUCACAUUGUCUUAGCUCUGAUAUACAUAAAAUAACAAAAAUACUAGAAUGUAGUUGGUUCUCGGGUAUAUAAAUAUAAUUUAUUCUCUCAAUAUACUGAACAACAUUUGUAUCUAUAGCCCCCGAUAAUUUGACUGGUAAUAUAGAUACCAUUAUCUAAGCCAGGGGACGCCGGCCAAAAUAAAUCAUAUCAUUAUAUAUUAGUUUGUACUAGUUGUAAUCUUCAGAUAAUACAAAAUUGAGCAAA